AUGUCCUCAUCUCACUCUCAUAUGUUCUUUCAACUCUGCAAACAUCCAACAUCAUCAAACUGUAACACAAAUUUAUCUGCUCAAACUCUCAUAUCACCUGCAAAUAUAUUUAUUUUUGGCAACAGUUUAAGUCAAAAUAAUGGAUCUGCUGCUUCAGGCUCUACACUGUCCUCUACAUUUCUACAUGUGGUUUCAAAUAGUCUUACAAGUCAGAAUAUGUUCAGUACCUCAUCCCUUUCCACAAGCCGCAACAUCAUUAGCGCCACUGUUACUUCCACCAUUAGCAUGACAACCGACACCUCCGUUGUUAAUGCGUCCAACACUAGUUGUUCCUCUACCUGUGUGAUGACGUCUUUAUCUCCAACAACUUCCCUUUUCAAAUUUGGAUCCACCCCUUUUCUAUCAAUAAGUUUACCUGUUUCAUCUUCUCACUCAGAACCCGUGGAAACCGAAAUAAAACCUACAAUUGUAUACAAAAUUAGCAUAUCCGUAUGUAUCAAAUACACACCUAGAAGCCUCUUAGCAAACAGAAUUGACAAAAGGGAAAUUCUCAGUCCAUACCUCCGCCCAUCUAACCUCUCAACCUGCACCUGCGCUUCACUACUUCUGCGCACAACUAAUUCACAAUCUUCUUGCUUCCGUAACCCAUCACCUUCUCACACCACUCCCUCCAUCACAUAA